AAACAUGUAUAAGAGCUAAAACGCAUUCUCCUUACGCUUUGUUCUCCACGAAUGGCGGAUAAUUCGUGGGAUAAAUGCGUGGAAGAAGCAGUGAAUGUGCUUGAAUCCAGACAAGUCCUUCGAUCUCUGAGACCCAUUUGUGUAUCUCGGCAAAACGAUGAAAAAAUGGCGAGAAGCAGAGGUAAUGAAGGAGACGAGUACGAGGUGUUCGACGGUAUGCGUCACUGGGAUCGAACUUCAGUCGAGGUUUCUGUCUCCAUACCCACGUUUCAUAAAUGGCUUCACGAUGAACCCAGCAACGGAGAAGAGGGUUUUAGUGGAGAUGCGUUAGGCGAGGGUGGAAAAGAGCGAUUCAAGAAGCUUCUUUUGUUCUCUGGGAAUGAUUAUUUGGGUUUGAGCUCACAUCCUACCAUAGCAAAUGCUGCUGCAAGCGCAGUCCAAGAAUAUGGUAUGGGACCUAAGGGUUCUGCGUUAAUAUGUGGCUAUACCAAUUAUCAUCGUUUGCUUGAGUCGAGUUUGGCUGAACUGAAGAAAAAGGAGGAUUGUCUUGUUUGUCCUACUGGGUUUGCUGCCAACAUGGCUGCGAUGGUUGCAAUCGGAAGUGUUGCUUCACUUUUGGCUGCUAGUGGGAAACCUCUUGAGAAUGAAAAAGUGGCCAUCUUUUCUGAUACACUGAAUCAUGCAUCGAUUAUUGAUGGUAUCCGUCUUGCUGAACGACAAGGAAAUGUUGAAGUUUUUGUUUAUCGACAUUGUGACAUGUAUCACCUUAAUUCGUUACUAUCAAGUUGCAAAAUGAAGAGGAAGGUCGUGGUGACUGAUAGCUUAUUUAGUAUGGACGGUGACUUUGCGCCAAUGAAAGAACUCUCUCAGCUUCGGAAGAAGCAUGGUUUCUUACUAGCCAUCGAUGAUGCACAUGGAACAUUUGUUUGUGGAGAAAAUGGUGGUGGCGUAGCUGAGCAGUUUAACUGUGAAGCCGAUGUAGAUCUAUGUGUGGGCACUUUGAGUAAGGCAGCAGGGUGUCAUGGCGGAUUCAUAGCUUGCAGUUGUCUAUGGAUCCAGUCGAGAGGACGCUCAUUCAUAUUCUCAACAGCGAUACCUGUCCCUAUGGCUGCAGCUGCUUAUGCAGCAGUUGUAGUGGCGAGGAAGGAGGGAUGGAGAAGAAAGGCAAUAUGGGAGAGGGUGAAAGAGUUUGAGGCAUUAUCUGGAGUUCAAAUCUCAAGCCCCAUUAUCUCACUAGUUGUAGGCAAUCAAGCGAAAGCCCUUCAAGGGAGCCGGUAUCUACUAAAAUCAGGCUUCCAUGUAAUGGCAAUCAGACCACCCACAGUGCCACCCAAUUCUUGCAGGUUAAGGGUGACACUGAGUGCAACACAUACCACAGAAGAUGUGAAGAAACUCAUCACUGCGCUUUCUUCUUGUUUGGAAUUUCGCAACAUCACUCACAUUACCUCCUCUCUAUCUCCUAAACUCUAGAAACUUUUUUACUGUCUCAUUGAUUUGAUCACUUGAAAUAGAUACUUUUUAUGUAUUGCUGUAAAAGCCCUACUUUGCAAAAUGUUCAAUGCAUUUAAAAUC